GUUCUCGCGAGAGCCCCACGCUCCGCCCUCUAGCAUGGCGGCUCCUUGAUCCGGCUUCCUUGCUGCACACACGCGGGCGCGAUGCACUCGGACGAGGUCGUAUGGGACACUCUCGGAAACAAGCAGUUCUGCUCGUACAAAAUCAAGACAAAGACCCAGAAUUUUUGCCGCAAUGAGUAUAACUUGACGGGUCUGUGUAACCGGUCGUCCUGCCCUUUAGCAAACAGCCAGUAUGCUACCAUCAAAGAAGAGAAGGGUCAAUGUUACCUGUACAUGAAGACCAUUGAGCGGGCAGCCUUCCCCAGUCGGCUCUGGGAACGGGUCCGGCUGAGCAGAAACUACGAAAAAGCUUUGGAGGAGAUAGAUGAGAACCUCAUCUACUGGCCACGCUUCAUCCGGCACAAGUGCAAACAGCGCUUCACUAAGAUCACGCAGUACCUGAUCCGCAUCCGGAAGCUGACGCUCAAGCGACAACGGAAGCUUGUUCCUUUAAGCAAAAAGGUUGAAAGGAGAGAGAAAAGGAGAGAGGAAAAAGCCCUGAUCGCUGCCCAGCUGGAUAAUGCCAUUGAGAAGGAAUUACUGGAAAGACUGAAGCAGGAAACAUAUGGGGAUAUCUACAACUUCCCCAUUCAUGCUUUCGACAAGGCUCUGGAGCAGCAGGAUGCAGAAAGUGAGACAGACUCAGAUGUGGAGAAGGAAGAGGAGGAGGAAGAUGAGGAUGCAGACAAGAGGGAGUUUGUGGAAGCAGAUGAGAGUGACCUCAGUGACUUUGAGGACAUGGAUAAACUGGCAACAAGCAGCGAAGAGGAUGAUAAAUCCUCCAGUGAAGAGGAAGAGACAGAAACGGAGGAAAAGGCCCACCACACCAAAUCCAAGGGCAAAACCCCGCUGAAAGGCCCCACCAGGAAAAAACGAGCUUAUGUUGAAAUAGAGUAUGAACAAGAGACAGAACCUGCCUCCAAAUCAAAAGCUACCUGACUCCUGCCUGGCUGGGUUUAGACUGGAGUUUGGGAUUGGACAAUUGGACUUGGAAUCCAUCACUUUUCAAGGACCUCUGGGGGUGGACUACUUCCUAAUACACCUAGUUCAAGGAUUUUUAAAAAAUUAUUAUUUAAACAAAUAAAAGAUUUUUGAUAGCCCGUGACAAAGAAACCAGCAGGAGAGAACUGUGGCUACUGAAUGGGAAGGAAAGGGAAUGAAAGCUGCAAAUGGAGAGGAUCUUGACAUGGCCUAAGUGUGUUCAGACGUAAAAGGCCUGAUCUUUAAAAGAGUUACUGAAUACU